AAGAGAGGGCGGCGGCCCGGCUCUUUUGGCACUGGGUGGCGGUGCCCGGCGGGUGGGUCGGUCUUCGAAAGUCCCCGAUUCCAACUUCCUGGAGUCCUAGUAGCCGCGGCGCCGGGUGGCGAGAGGCGGGUCCGAGAGACCCCUGCGACCCUCUGUGGUUCGGGGGUGUGGUUGCACAGGCACGAAAGCUCUUCGGAAGUCGCAGUCAGCAGGCGGAGCUCCUCGCCGUAGUUUUCAUCGAAGGUUAGCUAGGACCGACAGCCGCCCUCCGUCCCCGCAGAAGAGUCAGGGAUUGGGCUCCGGAUUCCUGGAGCGGUUCUCCCGACACCGGAGCCAAACGGGAGCAGUCCGGAAGGGCGGGUCUGUAAUCACUGUGGUGCUAAGGAGCACCUUGCUUACCUACCUCCUGGCUGGAGUUCAGGGGUCCUCACUCCUGAGCCCUGAUUUUACAGAAGCUACGUUUGGAAGUGAGGCGUUCUUGGAGCUGAGGGGAAGUGAACCUGGGUUCCUCACCGUGGCCAAGUCGCUUUCUUUCUUUGGGUCCCAGUGAUUUUGAUCUGUCAGAGAAGCGUUUAGGACUUGAACCCGAAGUCUGAUUCUCAGGAUUCCUAAAUCCCCCACCAUUCAUCUGGAAGCAGGAACAACAAAUUGACUUUCUAUCCCUUCAUCUGCUUGUAGUUCUAAAUUAUAAAAGUUAUAUUAUAAGAGCUUGGAAUAGAGCCUUUUCCUAAGAUUAAGAGCUGAAUGGAAACUUACCCAUUUCCUACCCCAGGGCCUGAUGCAGCCAGGGAGAAUCCUUUUUGUCAAGGGACCGAGGAAAGUAUUAGGUUGGGGAGUAUAUUUCUUAGAUCACAGUUGACAAAACUUGUAACUUCCAGGCCAAAUCUGGCACACCUGCAUUUUUUUUUUUGGAUUAAAAAAAAUGUUUAUUUAUUUUGAGAGAGAGAGAGAGUCCCAGGCAGACUCUGUGCUGUCGGCGCAGAGCUGGACGUGGAGCCCGAGCUCACGCAACUGUGAGAUCAUGACCUGAGCUGAAAUCAAGAGUCAGGACGCUUAACCAACUGAGCCACUCCGGCGCUCCAAGGUUUUUCCAUUUUUAGAUAACUAACAGAAACGAAAAGGAUAAUAUUUGUGAUACGUAAAGACAACAUGAACCUGAAAUUUGCCCGCAAAUAAAGUUUUUGGGGGAACGUAGCCGUGUUGAUUUGUGAAGGUGUCUGUGCCUGCUUUUGCACUACAUCAGAAGAGUCGAUGGCAUAGUUGUGACAGAGACUGUCCGGCCUACAAAGCCUAAGGUAUUUACCAUUCUGGGCCUUUGUAGAAGCGUAUGGGGAUUUCUGCUUUGGAAUGGGCAGAAUCAGAGACCAAACAAUGGUGAGCACACCCUGAAAUCAUAGCACAAACCUACUUUCUUGGAAUAAAUGAAAGACUGUUCUCAGCGUUUGGGUUGCAGUUUUCACUGUAUUCUUUUUUUCUCUGUUUUUGCACACUCGGGCAGAGGAAGGACUCUUCUGUGUACUGUGAGCAGUGUAAUAUUGCGGCCCUCGUUCAGGAAAGUGUCCCCGUUGAAUAUUCUAAGUCUGUCCCAGGGCAGUAAUCCAGGAGGGUGGAGACAGUCUCUUUUGGAUUAUAUUUACUUUUGUUUUUUUCUCCUCCAAAGGAAAAGAAAGUCAUGAGAGAUACUGUCUGAUGGAUGGAGCCUGCUGACCAAGUGCUUCAUGCUGACUUCACUGGGGGGUGACUGAACAUCUGGUGACCCGAAACUUCCUCUGCUCUUACGGGGACUAAGGGGACGCCUCUGAGGCUGGGCAGCAAAUCUCUGAGCUCAGGAGUUGAGUCAGGAAGCUUCUAGGAAGACAUUAUUUUCUCCUUCUAGCCUUAUGGAAGCUUGGUUUUCCCCCAGCCCUCGGAUCUAACUUUCUCUGUGGUGACUGCUAACUUGGAUCACAUUAUGAGAAGACUGAGUCCUACACAUGCCAAGUGAUUUCCUCCAGAUGCCUCAUUUCAUAAGGAACGGAGCCUAGGCCCGCACUCUGUCAGCCUACCACUAAUUCUAAAGCUGGCGUGUGGGGUGCGCUCCAGCCAGCAGAGCCGGCGGGGACGUGUGACCUCUGCUGCUUCCAGGGGCGCCUGGUCAGAAUGGCUGUCGGGUGGUUCUACUUGUCCUUCUAUGCACUGUCGCUGCUGGGCCUGAUGUGCGUCAUCCUCACCGUCUACUGGAUGCAGCUGUGGCAUGGUGGCUUUGCCUGGGAUGGCACCAGCCGCCUCAUGUUCAACUAUCACCCCGUGUUCAUGGUCGCUGGCUCAGUGGUGGUCUACAGUGCUGCAUCGCUGGUGUACCGCCUGCCGCAGUCGUGGGUGGGGCCCAAGCUGCCAUGGAAGAUUGGCCACGCAGUCCUGCACCUGCUGGCCUUCAUCCUGACCGUGCUGGGGCUGGUCGUCGUCUUUCAGUUUCACAACCACGAAAACACCGUCAGCCUCUACUCCCUGCACAGCUGGCUGGGCAUCGUCACCGUCUUCCUUUUUGCCUGCCAGUGGUUCCUGGGCUUUGUCGUCUUCCUGCUGCCGUGGGUGUCCGUGUGGCUGCGCAGCCUCCUUAAACCCAUCCACGUCUUCUUUGGAGCUGUCAUCCUCUUUCUGUCCAUUGCGUCUGUCAUUUCCGGCAUUAAUGAGAAGCUCUUCUUCAGUUUGAACAACAACACCCAGCCAUACUCCAGUCUGCCCAGUGAAGCUGUCUUUGCCAACGGCACUGGGAUGCUGGUCGUGGCCUUUGGGCUACUAGUGCUCUAUAUCCUCCUGGUUUCGUCUUGGAAACGCCCAGAGCCAGGGAUCCUGAGCGAAGGACAGCCCCUGUUGCGUGACGGGGAGUGAAGCGGGAAGGGCACCCACGAGCAGGUGGAGGUGUUUCCCCCCAGAAGCUCUUCUCUGCCAGGGCCUCCUCUCUGGUUUCGGCAACAGACCAGCUUUGCGCUCUGGGCCCGAACCUCUUCUGGCCUCCGCGUGGGGCCUGCUCUCCCCACCAAUCUCCUGCCCACCCGCUCUGCUUGGUGGCUUCUCUACCCCUUCCUGGCAUCGACUUCUCGGGUUCUCCACACACGCCGCCCCAGCUGCUCACGCUAUGCGCUCCCUGCUCCCUGUGUGAAGUCAAGCUGAUUUCCCCUCUCGGCCCCUAAGGAUCUGGUAGAGACUCUCUCCAGCUCAGAUAAGCCAGGACGCAGGUGCAACCUGUACGUGGAAAGUGAGGGAGGUAACGGUGUCCGGCAGCUUUCCCCGGAAGGCGUGCGUUAUAUUUGGGCCGCCCUGACCGUUGGGCGGCCAGCAUCUGCCGUGCCCUCCGUCCAGCCCGCCCAGACGUGAGGCUGGAAUGGAGAAGGUGGAAGGUGAUGGAAGGUGAUGGAAGGAGAAGGGCAGCAGAGGGGCUUCCGCAGAGAAGCUGAGGAGCUGACUGCUCUUUACUGUUCUGUUUCGUGUCGCUGCAUUCCUCGUCCACCUGCACUGUGACCACGUGCCUCCACCUCUCGCUGCUGCCACAGCCCUGGCCUAGAUCCUGGCCUUUCCCUGUGACUUACGUGCCCGUCAAUGUCGGGCAGCCCGAGGAACCCUGAUGACCUACUCUCCCAAGAACCGUGUGACCCCGGCUGCCCCACAAGGGAUGAGCCCCAGGGAUGCCUCAGAUUUCCGUUCCUGCCCCUGCCCAGAUCAGGGCCUCCCCACCUGGCCCCGGGCAGGCUCAGCCUCGCUCUCUUGGCAGAGCCUCUGCCCAGCUGAUUUUCACUCUCUAGCUCCCCAUGCAAUAAGCCAAAGUUGUGGUGCAUUGUGCCCGGUGGGCGGGUUUCCAAGGUGCUCCCUGCUGAGUACCGGAGUGCGUCAUUUGCCCCCUCAGUGGCUACUUGCUUGGCCAAACCCAGUCUCGUGUUAUGCCUGAGGGCAAGCAGCUGCAGGGGCGGGGGGGGGGGGGAGUAGUGGGAGAUGGGACGGGGGAAUCUGCUCCUCUCUCAAGUGAUGGGGCCGUGGCUUUUCCCGCCUUCUCCAAAUGAGCCCUGCUGGGACCCAGCUCCAUACUGCCAUGCUCAGUGACCAGCAGCACCAGUGCACUUAACCCUGGCAGGUGGUGAGGAGGCAGACCGUCCACCCCAACCCCAUGUGGUCCGAUGUCGGCAGGACUGUGACUGGACUUCCUGAGGGGAUGGAGCCUUUGAAGCCACUGGGAUGACUUCCAGGCACCUCAGUCACGUGCCCCGCGCCCCCUCUUUCCAUAUGGGUGGAGCUGUAACUUGUUCACGCAGCUUGGUUUCCUUUAAUCGUGUUUUAAAGAAUCAAAGCCUUCUCUACUGUGA